AUGGCAUAUCUUUUACUGUAUGUUGAUGAUAUUAUUUUGUGUCCCUCAUCUAAUUCUCUACGAGAUCGUCUGAUUAGUACUCUUGAAAUAGAAUUUCCAAUGUCUGAUUUGGGUCCUCUUAGCUACUUUUUGGGAUUUUUUGUCACUCGUACUCCUUCAUAUAUGCUUCUCUCAAAGCAAAACUAUGCACAGAAAAUAUUGGAGCGUGCAAGCAUGAGUUCCUGUAAGCCUGCCGCCACUCCGGUUGAUACUAACUCCAAGCUCAGUGCUGAUUCAGGACCACCAGUCUCUGAUCUUACUUAUUACUGUAAUUUAGUUGGAGCUUUACGGUAUCUUACAUUUACUCACCCAGAUAUUGCUCAUGCAAUUCAGCAGGCAAUUGUUGUUUAUUGCGAUAAUGUUAGUGCUAUUUAUCUUUCUCGCAACCCUGUAGAGCACCAUCGUACCAAACAUGUUGAGAUGGACAUUCACGUUGUUCGGAAAAAUGUUGCUAUUGGUUAA